AUGGCGUUAUUAAAAAAAGAGAUCGCAGCUUUACGUACAAUCUCCAAUCCCUACAGUUCCUCUCUGGAUUCACUCAAAAAAGAUCUAGCUGACGUUAACCUUGCAUUGAAGGAGCCGCAAGAAAAAAGAAUUGGGGUUAACCCUGCAACCUGUGAUACAAAUUCGUCUCCUAUAUCUUGUGAGGACAAGAUUCCCGGAAGGCGGGUAGUUAAGAAUAAAAGUGCACAGAAAUCGCUGUUAGCCAAGAUAAGCUCAGUUCGCACGUUCUGUCACUAA